UAUUACAUCCAUGACCGUGUUGUUGUUUUCCAGUCCCUCACACGUCUCCUAGAUGCACGACAACUGGGACUAAAGCUGAUGGCCAACGUGAUCUUUGGUUACACGGCAGCUAGUUUUUCCGGGAGAAUGCCCUGUGUUGAGGUCGGUGACAGUAUCGUGCAUAAAUCCCGAGAAACUCUUGAACGCGCAAUCGAACUGGUCCAUUCCGGAAAGAUCCCAUUCCCUCAGUCGUGUAAUGCACGAGUUGUCUAUGGAGACACGGACAGUCUGUUUGUUCACUUACCCGGUCUGGGGAGAGCUGAAGCAUUUACCGCGGCCGAGGCGAUCGCUAAAGCAGUCACGUCGGCGAAUCCCGCACCGAUAAAGUUGAGGUUGGAAAAGAUUUACUAUCCCUGUUUGUUGGAGGCUAAAAAACGGUACGCUGGUUACGCUUACCAGGAUGCCUCGCAGACGGGACCGGUGUUUGACGCCAAGGGUCUAGAAACGGUUCGGCGCGACUGUAGUCCAUUUGUGUCUGAGGUGAGAUCUGUUCUCGACUUAAACGUGACGCUCCGCCUAAAUAAGUUUCUUCCUACCCCAUUCUGA